GGUUCAAGGCUACGUCUGACACUCUGAUUGUAUUGUGAAUCUGCACCCUUCCCCUUAUCAAUGAAUGGCAAGUAUCUAUCUGGCUACGGCGCUACGCUGAUGCCGUUCUCAGACUGCGUAUGACCCGAGUUUGGGCAUGAACACUCCACGCAACCUUUCGUAGUACAUAUCCCCCCGCUGGCACGUGAUUGGCUUCAUGUAAUAUCAGUACUACGCCCGGGCCAAGCGUCGUCUGGGAAAGCGAAUGGUCACACUUUUGCCUGUGAUUGCAGAAAGGUGCCAUUCGUAACCAAUAGAGCCGGGGAGAGGGGGGGGACUGCACCGUGAUACGGCUGUAGUGCGUCCUUAUCUCGGUCCGUAUCAGCAGACUUAAAUACGCUCCCGGCGGAUUCUCAACUCCACAUUUUGAGUGGAGCUUCCCCUCAGUGAAACAGUCACACAUGGUCGCCAUUCCCGCUCUCGUGCACAUGUGCAAACGGUUAACCUACAUUGUCACCAUCGUGGGCUCUAGCGCCUUGAAUACACACGGGAAGGUAGUUGGAGACGAUAUCAAUACACCGCGAACGACCCCGUGGAUAUCAUAUACGUUUCUUUAUCUCAUUCUUCAGGCCCUUGCGUUCUUCGUGAUUUGCAGCGUCUUUCGGUGGAUCCGCACGUCGACCGCGGCACAUCCUACCAUACCGAGUGGUGCUGCGGAAAAAUCACCUAAGGACUCUGUCAACGCUGGUCCCCACAAACCAUUGGACACAAACAAGAAUCGUGAGGUCGGAUUAUGGACUCCCCAGAAAUUUAAUUACCCAGAAAUAUCGCCCUCUCGCGAUAUCAUGGAAAUUCAACCAAUCCCCUACCGUCCGUUUAGAUGGGGGCAGUAUCAUGUCACUAUGGGUAUCCGGUCUAUGCCAUGGAACGAAUGGAUCGAACUGGACUCGGACUUUGUUUAUUACCAGCGUGUGCGCCAAUUUAGGCUUUGCACGCGCGGCAGAGAUAUCGUACGCGUUUUACCUCCAAGGUCAGACGGCUUGGUAAUUACCCCAGGGGGAGCUGAUGCUGCCAAGGAACUGAUUUAUGAAUUGGCAGAAUACCUUGCCCGUCGGUACCCUUGCUCUUUCCAAAUUACGCGACUCCACCCGUGGACAUCUCGUGUUCCAUCCGUUGGCGGUAUUCCUCUCGGUUGGGAUGAUAAAAUGCCCAUCUGGACCAUCACAGCACUCGCGACGGGUGUUACCUAUGAUCUCAGCAAACUAGAGACUCUGCAGUGCACUGAGAUGGGCGAGGAGGCAAUGAAAAUUGUGACGGGUCUGGUCCAGGAGGACAUGGCAAUUAUGAUCGAAGGAACAGAUGGCAAGUACUACUUCCAAGCAGGGUCGAUAUGUGUACCAGGGUUUUGGCGGAUGAGGGACAAGAUUGGGAAGCCGCUUGAUGAAAUUCAUUUGUCAGGGAAUGUACCGCAAUUCAAGGAAAAACUGAAGACGAGCAUGGAGCGAUUUUUCAGGCGGAUGGCCGUGGACAAACCUGUAAUACGGAAUAAUUAUUUCAUUCAGGUGGUCAAACCGAGCAAGGAUACGCGAGCGGCGGGUGAUGGCCGAUCAUACGAUAUCGAAGGGGAAACGGCGUCGGAUGUCGACCCUGAAGAAUUGGGGUGGUCAGACAGUGGACACGGACAUAGUGCAGAUCCAGCGGUGUACCUUUGUCCGGCGACGUUGCGAUUGCGGAGCGAGAGGCAAACGUUGAGGCGGCUCCCACGCACAGGAGCUAUCGUAUUUGGCAUACGCACUUACCUAUUCAAGGUGGAAGAUCUUGUUCGAGAGAGGGGCGUUGCAGGACGGUUGGCGAGUGCCGUCCGGAGUUGGCCGGAGGAGGUUGCUGUUUACAAGGGGAGGGAUAUGUAUCGAGAUGUGCUGCUAGGGUAUCUGGACGAGUGUGCAGAGAAGGAGGGGAUCACGGACGGGCCAGAUGAAGGUAUGUUGCCGUAUCCUUAUUAGGUCAGGUGGGGAUAUUGGGGUGGACAUGAGGCGAAGGCUGGCCAAACACGCGGUAGGUGUGGGUGUCUAUGUCAAAGCUACCAUAUGUACCAUACUCUCUUCGAUUCUGUAUACACACAAGUUUCGCCGCCGAAGACUGAAGCGCUGAAUCAGAAUUAUAAGCUGGGGGUGAUAGGAGUCCUUGCG